UGUGGCGCCAACUCCACCUCAACCGUUUCUCUCAGUAAAAUCAAAUUCAGUUGCAAUUUGCAUCUUCAACUCAGAGUGGAGAGCGGCCAUGGCGGUUUGUGGUGCUUCAACAGCAGCCAUCUCCAAGCUGGAUCUGCCGGUCGGAAUCACUCACCACAAACACAAUUGGCAGCAAUCGUUAUCCUUCAACAGCAGACGGUACUUGAUUCCUCCCCAUCGAAGAAUCACCGGGCGUAAUGCUUUUCGUGUCACUUCGUUGGUAGAUAAUUUAGAGCUUACGACCGAUGCAUCUCCGCCAAACGAAGUUAAAACUAGUACAUGGAACUGGAGAGGUUAUUCGAUUCGUUACCAGUACUCAGGGACCACUGGGCCUGCGCUGGUUUUGAUUCACGGUUUUGGAGCAAACAGUGACCACUGGAGGAAGAAUUUGCCAGUUCUUGCAGAUUUACACAGGGUAUAUGCAAUCGAUCUGAUUGGGUAUGGUUAUUCAGACAAACCAGAUCCAAGAAAGCUUCAAGUUGACCACUUUUAUACUUUUGAGACAUGGGGUAGUCAGAUAAAUGACUUCUGUAGGGAAAUUGUGAAGGAUGAAGUCUUCUUUGUCUGUAACUCUAUAGGAGGACUUGUUGGACUCCAGGCAGCAGUCAUGGAUCCUGAAAUUUGCAAAGGCAUUAUUCUUUUUAAUAUAUCCCUUCGCAUGCUGCAUGUAAAGAAACAACCAUGGUACGGGAGGCCCCUAAUAAAAUCAUUCCAGAAUUUGCUAAGAAACACUACUCUUGGGAAAUCCUUUUUCAGUGCUGUUGCUACAUCACAGUCGGUGAGGAACAUUCUUUGUCAGUGUUACUAUGACACAUCGCAGGUAACAGAUGAAUUAGUCAAGAUAAUUCUUGAGCCUGGACUCCAGCCUGGUGCUGCAGAAGUGUUUCUUGAAUUUAUAUGCUACUCUGGUGGGCCGCUUCCUGAGGAAUUACUGCCUUUAGUGAAGUGUCCUGUGCUGGUGGGUUGGGGUGACAAGGAUCCUUGGGAGCCAAUUGAUCUAGGGAGAGCCUAUGCGCAGUUUGAUUCUGUUAAAGAUUUUGUUGUGCUUCCUAAUGUUGGCCACUGCCCUCAGGAUGAAGCGCCCCAUCUGGUGAACCCACUCAUCACAUCUUUUGUGGCUCAACAUGCUCCACCCGCUACAACUCUCAAACCCGAGUAAUCGUGUUCCGGUAAGGCUCUGCAUGCGAUGUUAAGUGCCCACACAAGUCUUAUUGGCUCCAACAGUUUGCUGAGAUGUUGCAAUGUGAUUAUGGCCAGGCUUUAAAAAAUGUCACUUCAUGAUUCUUUUUUAUGUAUAUUCAUACUAUAGUCUACUCUGUCCGUGUUAUGGUCAAUUCAUGUGUUAUUGCAGUCUGAUUUCUUCGUA